AUGGCGGUGGGAAUUGGGGGUUUCCGAGUGAAAACUUUUGGCUCAUUUGGAAGCGGCAACCAGGACAACCUGACAAUGUACAUGGAUUUAGCGGAUGGCAUCUUUUUGAACCAAAUCAUGUUGCAAAUUGACCCCAGACCAACAAAUCAGCGCAUCAACAAGCACGUUAACAACGAUGUGAACCUCCGCAUUCAGAACUUGACCAUCUUGGUGAGAAACAUUAAGACCUACUACCAGGAAGUUCUCCAGCAGCUGAUCGUAAUGAAUUUGCCCAAUGUUUUGAUGAUUGGCAAAGACCCGCUGUCUGGGAAGAGCAUGGAAGAAAUAAAGAAGGUGCUGCUGCUGGUCCUGGGCUGUGCCGUCCAGUGUGAGAGGAAAGAGGAAUUUAUUGAAAGAAUCAAACAGCUGGACAUUGAGACCCAAGCCGGGAUCGUGGCCCAUAUACAGGAGCAGGAGAAUGUCCCUGUGCCCCGUCUGGGGAGCUGCCCUCCUCCCCCUCACAGCCUGCUUGCCUGGCGGGAGGAGAAGACGGAGCAGCUUGUGGACACCAGGCAUGAGGUGGACCAGCUGGUGCUAGAGCUUCAGAAGGCCAAGCAAGAGAACAUCCAGCUGGCGGCUGACGCCCGGUCUGCCCGUGCCUAUCGCGACGAGCUGGACUCCCUGAGGGAGAAGGCGAACCGCGUGGAGAGGCUGGAGAUGGAGCUCGUGCGCUGCAGGGAGAAGCUGCACGACGUGGACUUCUACAAGGCGCGCAUGGAGGACCCACUUUCCCAAGGAUUUGGGGACUUUGCCCCUAUCAACAAUCCCAAGGUGGGGUCUGGAGCCUCCCGGAAGUCAUUUGUGUUUGAGCUGAACGAAUGUGCCUCCAGCCGCAUCCUGAAGCUAGAGAAGGAGAACCAGAGCCUCCAGAGCACCAUCCAGGGGCUGCGGGAUGCAUCCCUGGCGCUGGAGGAGAGCAGCCUGAAGUGCGGAGAGCUGGAGAAGGAGAACCACCAGCUCAGCAAGAAGAUUGAAAAGUUACAGACCCAGCUGGAGAGAGAGAAGCAGAGCAACCAGGAUUUGGAGACCCUGAGUGAGGAGCUGAUCAAAGAGAAGGAGCAGCUGCAGAGUGACAUGGAGACCCUGAAGGCCGACAGAGCCAGGCAGAUCAAGGAUCUCGAGCAAGAAAAGGAUCAUCUCAACCAAGCGGUGUGGACGCUGCGGGAGAGGUCGCAGGUGAGCAGCGAGGCCCGGGUGAAGGACAUCGAGAAGGAGAACAAAGCCCUCCACCAGACGGUGACGGAGACCAGCAGCAGACUCAGCAAGCUGGAAUUCGAGAAGCAGCAGCUGCACAAGGACUUCGAACAGGUGAAGGAGAAGGUGGAGCGGGUGGAGGAGCUGGAGAAGGAGCUGCACCGGCUGGAGAAGGACAACGAGAAGCUGGCCAAGAAGGUGGCCUCCCUGAAGACCGCCACCGAGAAGGUGGAUGCCCUGGAGCGCGAGAGUCGGGGCCUGGCUCUGGAGAACCGGAAGCUCAGGAAGUCGCUGGACACCCUGCAGAACGUGUCCCUGCAGCUCGAGGGUCUGGAGCGGGACAACAAGCAGCUGGACGAGGAGAACCUGGAGCUGCGCAGGAUGGUGGAGACCAUGCGCUUCACCAGUGCCAAGAUGGCUCAGAUCGAGAGGGAGAACCAGGAGCUCGAGCGGGAGAAGGAGGAGCUGAGGAAGAACGUGGAGCUGCUGAAGGCCCUGAGCAAGAAGUCCGAGCGCCUGGAGCUCAGCUACCAGGGCGUGAGCGCCGAGAACCUGCGGCUGCAGCAGACCCUGGAGAGCAGCAGCCAGAAGUCCCAGGCCCUGGAGCAAGAGCUUGGCGAGCUGGAGGCCGAAAACCAGGUCCUGCGGCGCGACCUGGAGGCCCUUCGGCUCUCCCACAAGCAGCUGGAGAGGGCUGAGAAGGACAGGAAGGCCCUGGAGCAGGAGGUGGCCCAGCUGGAGAAAGACAAGAAGCUGCUGGAGAAGGAGGCAAAGCGGCUGUGGCAGCAGGUGGAGCUCAAGGAGGCGGUCUUAGACGACAGCACCGCGAAGCUGUCUGCCGCCGAGAGGGAGAGCCGCGCCCUGGACAAGGAGCUGGCCCGCUGCAGGGACGCGGCCAGCAAGCUGAAGGAACUGGAGAGGGACAACAGGGACCUCACCAAGCAAGUCACCAUGCAUACGAGGACACUGACCACCCUGAGAGAGGACCUGGUGCUGGAGAAGCUCAAGAGCCAGCAGCUGACCAGUGAGCUGGACAAACUGAGCCAGGGGCUGGAGAAGGUCGGCCUCCACAAGGAGCUGCUGCUACAGGACGAGAGCAGCCAUGGCGACACAAAGUUCAAGAUUCUGGAGGACAGAAAUGACUCAUUAAAAACAACAUUAGCCCUGAAAGAAGAAAAGAUUGUGUUUUUAGAAGCUCAAAUGGAAGAAAAGGCCAGCCUGAACCACCAGUUGCAGAACGAGCUCCAGGUGGCUCAUCUCCAUUUGAUGGAGUGGACAGCUGAAGCUCGGGAAAGCGAGAAGACUUGCCAAGGUCAUGUGGUUGAAGUUGAGACCGAGGCAGAUGUCUGGAAGGAGGGGGAGCACAGGUUGAAGACCGAGUGUGAGGUCCUCAGGCAGAACCAGCAGGAAGGGAAGCACUUGGAGAACUCUUUCAAACACCCUGUGGACACGCUGGUCACCGGUCUCCAGGGGAAGGAGCCCUGGGGACCCAGCCACAAGGAAGCCACCAUGGAACUGCUCCGAGUGAAGGACCGGGCCAUCGAGCUGGAACGGAAUAACGCAGCUCUGCAGGCAGAGAAACAGCUGCUCAAGGAACAGCUGCAGCACUUAGAGACCCAGAACGUGGCCUUCAGCAGUCAGAUCCUGACACUGCAGAAACAGAGCGCCUUCCUGCAGGAGCACAACACCACGCUGCAGACCCAGACGGCCACGCUGCAGGUGGAGAAUUCCACUCUGAGCUCCCAGAGUGCCGCGCUCACCGCGCAGUACACGCUGCUCCAGAACCAGCAGACGGCCAAGGAGAGCGAGAAUGAGAACCUGCAGAAGCAGCAGGAGCAGCUGACGGCGGCCUACGAGGCGCUGCUGCAGGACCACGAGCACCUGGCCGCGCUCCACGAGCGGCAGUCCACGGAGUACGAGGCCCUCAUCCGCCAGCACAGCUGCCUGAAGACGCUGCAUCGGAACCUGGAGCUGGAGCACAAGGAGCUCCGGGACAGGCACGACGACAUGCUGAAGCGUCAGGCGGAGCUGGAGGAGCGGGAGAAGGUUCUGAACACCGAGAGGGAGGCACUGCAGCAAGAGCAGAGGACGGGCGCCAUGGCCGUGGGUGAGAACCAGCGGCUGCGGGGAGAGCUGGACAGGGUCAAUUUCCUGCACCACCAGCUGAAGGGGGAGUAUGAGGAGCUGCACGCCCACACCAAGGAGCUGAAAACCUCCCUGAACAACUCACAGCUGGAGCUGAACCGCUGGCAGGCACGGUUUGACGAGCUGAAGGAGCAGCACCAGAACAUGGACAUCUCGCUGACCAAGCUGGACAACCGCUGCGAGCUGCUCUCCCGUCUCAAGGGAAACUUGGAGGAAGAAAAUCAUCACCUCCUGAGCCAGAUCCAGCUGCUGAGCCAGCAGAACCAGAUGCUUCUAGAGCAGAACAUGGAGAGUAAGGAGCAGUACCAUGAGGAGCAGAAGCAGUACAUAGACAAAUUAAAUGCCUUACGGAGACAUAAGGAAAAACUGGAGGAGAAAAUCAUGGAUCAGUACAAGUUCUAUGACCCUGCUCCCAAGAAGAAAAACCACUGGAUUGGAGCCAAAGCCUUAGUCAAACUCAUCAAACCAAAGAAAGAGGGUUCCAGAGAACGACUCAAGUCAACCGCAGACAGCCCUCCCUGGCAGCUGGAGUCCCCAGACCCGACGACGCCAUCUGCCUCUCAGCCCCUCCGGUUGCAGCCAGACAACCCCGAGACGGCCCCGUCUGGCUCCAACUGUGCGGAAGAGCAGGACCCCCUCAACGGGCCUGUGGGGAAAGGCCCUGGGGACCUAAAACCAAAGCAAGGGUCCCCGCACAGAGGCAGCCUUGACCGCACAGAUGCCUCCGCCGACCCGGCCAUGAAACCCUGGCCCUCGGAGCUGAGCUCCCGGACCUGUUCAACCUCAGCCAUCACUACAACCCCUUCCAGCUCCACCCCCAUCUCCCGGCACCCAGGCCGCACCAAAGGCUAUAAUUCAGAUGACAGCCUCUGUGACCCAUCCCUGGAGCUGGAGUUCAACCACAGGCAGUACGUGUCCUUUCCUUUCAGUCCCGGCCUUAGGCAGCUUGAGAUAGUUUUAAAUGCAUCCAGCGACAGCUCGCCCCUUAAUCUGAAAGGUUCCUCUGACCAGCUCCACAGAAGGUCCGAGAGCUUCAGCAGUGAAGACCUGAUCCCCAGCCGGGACACGGCCACUCUGCCACGGGAUGCCAGCACCACGGGACGCGCCGCCCUCAGCCGCCAUGAGUGCCCCCUGCCCCGGAACGGGCCUCUCCCCCAGGAGGGCAUCCAGAAGAGGGGUGCGGGCCAGCCUCACGCUGGGGGACGACCCAGCUCUGCCUCGCCGAGCAGUGAGAUGGUCACCCUGGAGGAGUUUCUGGAGGAGAGCAACCGACGCUCCCCCACCCCUGACACUCCCAGCUGCCCGGAUGACCUGCUAAGCGACUUCUUCAGAAAGGCCAGCGGUCUCCCGGCCAUUGGAAGCCAGCCGGGGCCACCUGCCAGGAGAGAAGGGGCCAAGAUGCCCACCAGCUUCGUGGCCCCUACCAUCAAGAUGCCUGUCAACACCCCUGAAGGGAAGUUGCUGAAGCCUGGACAGUACGUGAAGCCAAACUCCAGACCUGCCGAGGCCGAGGCCCCGCCCAGUGCCCCCCCGAGGCAGGCCCAGCCCCCCCAGAGCCUGUCACUGGGCAGACCCAGGCAGGCCACAAUGCCCCCGACGUCCCACACACCGGCCGGCCGGAGUGCAUCCCUGAGCCGUGCCUUUAGCCUGGCCUCGGCCGACCUUCUCCGGGCCAGUGGGCCAGAGGCUUGCAAACAGGAGGCCCCUCAGAAGCUGGGGGGUCCUGACACCUCGGGCAGAGAAACAGGCAGUCACGUCCUGCAGAGCCCCACGCCCCCCACCUCCCACAGCCUGGCCCGGGAGCGGACCCCGCUUGCGGGAAAGACCUGCAGCAGCUCCGGUCAAGGCCCAGCCCCCCGCAGCCGGCCCCCGGACGUGAGGCGCUUCUCACUGGCUCCCCCAAAGGAGGAGAGGCUGGUCCCCCUGCAGCAGUCUGCCACGGCCCCGGCCAUCGCCUCUGGAGGUGGCGGUGCCUGUGGCAGCAGCUCCCAGCCCCAGCACUUUCCAUCGGCUGCGGCCCCGGCUACCAGGACCAAACCCCAGACGCCCCCCCACUCGGGGGAGGCGGCCACCAUCGCCCCUGUCCGGGGGGCGCUCGGCCUCUCAGAGGGAGACGGGGUCCCGAGGCAAGGCCACGGCGAGGGCCUCCCUGCCAAGAGUCCGGGUAGGUCUCCCGACUUGGCUCUGCACGCCAGCCGGGCCCCUGAGGACUUCAGCCGCGGAAGCAGCUUGAAGAGCACGCCGGCGUCCCCCGAGCCUGGCGGGGACCAGCAGACGGUGUGGUACGAGUACGGCUGCGUGUGA